AUGACUUUAAUAAAAGUGACCAUUUAUCAGAAAUCUAUUUUGAUACUAUUCAAUACCUUCUUAAGAGAAUAUCAAAAGAAGAAAAGAUUGUCGAAUUGUUAAAAUUUUUAGUUUCCCUUACUAGUGAUGUCUGAUCAGUUUGCUUCUCUGAUGGAAUUAAAUUAGUGA